AUGAAUAUUAGUUACGGUUCGACAGUAAAGAAUGUAACUUUGGCAGUGAAAAGACACAUACGUGCUGUCACUUUUCCAAAAAGUAGUGGGAUGGGGAUGUUUUUUGCAAUUGGAGUGCCACUAGACUUACCUGAAAAAUCGGUAUCAAUGGCAUUUUAUUUUGAAGCCAAUUAUCGACUACCAGGUGAUAAAAAUUCAACGUAUGACGAGUACUAUCAAGAUAAUUAUUUAAACCGUAAAUUUGCGUAUGACAUUAUUGAAAAUAAAUUAGAGAGUGCCGGUUAUCCUGGCCGGAAGUGUCUAUUAAGAGCCAUUUGUGAUGCCGCAUCAAAUCCUGUUACCGGAAAUGGUUUAGUCGGGGAUAUUAUUCACAUACUUUUUACGCCGUCAAGUUCGAGAAAUGAAAAUUUAUCACAAGAAGUAAUAAACGCUGAGAAAAAUAAUAAUUGCAAUGAUUACAAUUGUCCAAUGAGUUUACUAGAUGCCAUCAGUCAUUAUAUUAAUUUAUAA